UGAAAAAGCAAAUGAGUGAAGAGCCGGCUUUUGAGCCUCAAUUAUACCAUUACAAGUCUUUUUCUAAUUUGAAGGAAACUAAGUCGUCUUUGAAUGCUGGAAUGGAGUGAUAUGCAGAUGAAAUGUUAGAAAAUCCAAUUGGAACUCUCCGAACAACUAGAAACAAGAAAAGAAGUUUAUUGAGAAAAGAAAUGUAUGCAACUCAAGCUUCUGAUAAUCCUAGCCUGAUAUUACUAGAAUGAGAAGUCUGAUUAGUAACAAGCUACAAAGAACUUCUCUUAUGUAAAUCUUGCGGCUUCAAUUCCUGUAAUUCUUGCUGGGAUGACAUAAUAUCUUCUACAAAAGAAUGCCCUCAGUGUAGAAAUAAAAUCACAAAAAAGGAUAUUGUCAAGAACAUUAUUGUGGAGAGAAUCAAAGAUCACAAAGAGAAGCUUGAAAGCUUACUAGGGACAAAGCUUUCAAGGAAGUGUCCCUCUCAUAAUCUUGAUGGCAACUUUUUCUGAGAAACCUGCUCUAGUUUUGUUUGAAUGCAAUGUAUCCCUGAAGGAAAUCAUUCUGGUCAUAAGAUUGUAGACAUUGAAUCGAAGCCCGAACUUAAAGCAAAGCUUAGAGAAGUUGAUGAGCUUAGUAGAAAUCUAAUGAAAGCUCCAAGAUUACUCCAAAAAGCUCAGGAAGAGCAUUCUAAAUCCCUUGAUUUAUACGAGAAUCAGUUAAAUUUAUAUAUCAAGCGAACAAAAUCAGCCCUUUUAAAAUGUUUGAAUGAAUUCGUUAAACCAUAUGAGCUUGAGGUGCAACGCUUGAAAAAUCAAAAUAUUGCUGCUAAAGGUGAAUUGAACAAACUUGAGAAAGUUGCAGAAAAGAUUCACUUUGAAAGUUUGAAAAUAGCAGACUCUUCAGAGCUUGUAAAGUCACUUGAGAAGCAAUUGACAGAUGAAAAUUCUCAAAUAAAGGAGGUUAUAUGUUCAGAAAAUUUCCACUCAACUAAGAACCAAUUCUCCAAAGCUCUCAGCCUAAAUCCUCCUCCCAGCAUUUUAGAACUUUCGAAAAAAUUACUAAUUAGAAAACUCAUGCAAUCUCUCUAACCUUCAACAUCA